AUGAGGGUUUCUCAUUUUCUCCUAGUUUUCACUAUUCUAAUUAUUUAUGUUUAUUCGAUACCAGUACAGAAGACCCAAGAAAAGUCCGAUUCUCCUAACUUUAUCUCAUCGCUGAUAGAAAGAUAUCGAAGAAGUACAAUAGUAGAUGCACCAAUGAAAUGGAGAUGGUUUCUGUUCAUAUUUCUAUAUGGUCUUCUGAUUAUGCUAUCAGUAAUUGCUUGUUUUCUAUGGAAAUAUUAUAAGUCAAAGAGGCGAUCAGCUCCUCCUAAUAGAAGAACCGAAGCAAGUGAUGCAACUUCUGGUGGGCAAGAGCCUACACCUGAUCAAAUGUCUUUAAUUUCAAAUGAUAGUUCAAUUCUAGAAGAACACUUGAACAAUGAGUUGGACCAAAAGGAUUGUCCAGAAAACUUAAAAGAGCUUCCUAUUCAUGAAAGAAUUUACUACCUGAGCUACAACUCCAAAUACGAAAUUGACGAGAAGAAUUUGAAAAAAAACAAUAUUUUUCUUGGAAAGGAGUGUACCAGUUAUUUUGACAGGGAGAAAGUACAAAUGUUUUAUGAAGAACUGAAAAUUAUGUGUAAAAUUGGAAGACAUCCAAAUGUUUUGGCUCUAGUCGGUGCGACAACCACAAAAAUGGGAGCGAAAAGAACUCUCAUUAUCACUGAAUUAAUCGAAGGAAAAGAUUUGUUGGAAUUUCUGAGAAAAAAGAAAGAAGAAGAAAAAUAUGUGGAUAAGUUUGUCAAUUCAGAAACUGGGGACAGUGGAUAUUUGUUACCAAACAGCUCGAAAAGAAAGAAGGAAAGCAAUAUUCUGGACGACAAUUUAGAUGUUAUAUCUACUUUUGAUCUACUUUCUUUUGCUUAUCAAAUUGCGAAUGGAAUGGAAUAUUUGGCGAAAGUCCCAUUAGUUCAUCGGGAUUUGGCACUGCGUAACGUUCUUAUUAAAAACAACAAGAUCAUUCGGAUAUCAGAUUUUGGAUUGUCGAAACGUCACUUAGACAACAAGGAAUAUUACAAACCAAGAGAUAUAGGGAGUACUGAACUUCCAAUUUGUCACGUGUCUCCAGAAUCUUUCAAAAGUAACAAGUUCACACAAAAAUCAGAUGUUUGGUCGUUUGGUGUGUGCUUAUUUGAGAUAUUUUCAUUGGGGAAAAAACCUUACGAAGGACAAAAUAAAUCUACAUUAAUCGAGUACCUGGAUGAAGGGAAUCGCUUAAAAAUUCCCGACAAUUGUCAUCCGGAUGUCGCUAACAUAAUGAAAUUGUGCUGGCACUCUAAUCCAGACAUUCGUCCAGAUUUUGCAAUGUGCAAGGAAUAUUUUGAGAGUCAUCUAGAGAAAUCUGCAAGAAUGCUGCUUACUGAAAUAAAGCAAAAACUUCAAAACGAGGCAGUCGAACAAGAGAAGUUGGAAGACUGGAUUAAGAAAGAUGGUACACUUCACAACAAUUCUAAUUGA